AUGCGAGCCCGUUGUGAUUCUGUUGGGCCCAGGAGAUGUAUAUGUCUAGCCCAUAACUCAGAAGCCUGCAUCAAUGGGCUUGAUAAUGAGGCCCACGUUGCCUACUAUAGUUUCCACCUGUUCGGCGAUGGAUCCAGGACUGGAGUGGGCCAGUGGCGGCUACUACUUUCCGUUCCUUCUUCGUCCCAUCCUCUGCCCGUUACCAUCACCAGUGACGUCACAUUCCACCUUCUCCGAUUUGACAUCGUCGUCGGCUGGUCUUUGUUGCUCUUUAUUUUGGUGGUCGUCGCUCCAGGAACUUCCGAUGGAGUUUCCAAUUUCUUCGCCAAGGAAUCUUCCAUUCCAUGGCUUGAUUAUAUGGCUGUUCCUGUGUGUGAAGGCAAAACAUGGGUGCAAUGGGGAAGGAAUAUGUUGACCUGA